AUGAAUAUUGGCCCAAUUACAGAUCCCUCUAAAAAAAGGCAUUUUACUUUUAGCAACAUUCCCAAUUUGACUGGAAAAGUUGCAGUCGUUACAGGAGGAAAUGCUGGAAUAGGUUAUGUUACGUGCAGGGAAUUGGCCAGACGAAAUGCUCAUGUGUUUGUAUUGGGUCGUAAUGUCGAAAGAAGUCAGGCAGCCGUUGAAAAAAUCAAAUCCGAGACUGGUAAUCAACAUGUUGAAUUUUUGCAGUUAGAUUUAAAAAGUUUAAAAUCUGUUAAAGAAUGCGCCGAAAAUUUGUUGGCUAGAGAUUUACCAUUGCACAUUCUAAUUAACAAUGCGGGAAUCACUACAAA